AGUGACAUCAUUUCCAUACGUUUAGCUUGCGAAAUCUUCUAAAGUUUUUAGAAAUGUUUUAAUUGUAUUAUUUUAGGUAAUUAUUUCAAUUACAAUUAAAUCUAAGAUGGCACUUUAUGAAGGCAUCGCUUUGAUCCAGGAAAAGCAAGCAGUUGUAUUAGAUCUGGGCACAGAUUACACUAAGUUUGGUUUCACUGGCGAAGCCGCGCCUCGAUGCAUCAUCAGAUCUGAAUUUUGGUGCCCUGCAGAGCGCCGGUAUAAACGCGUAUAUGAUUACCGCACCCCAGAAGAACUGUACGACAAUCUCGUGCACAUGUUACAUUUGUUAUACUUUAGGCAUGUAUUGGUGAACCCAAAGGAGCGCAAAGUUGUAGUAGUGGAAUCACUCCUCACACCAACUCUCUUCAGGGAAACCCUGGCCAAAGUUCUGUUUACACAUUAUGAGGUAUCUGGAGUUGUCUGGGCAGACAGCCCACGUCUUUGUGCCCUCACACUGGGAACUCCUGUGGCUCUCAUAGUAUCCAUCGGUGCUCAGGAGGCAGAAGUUUGCGCUGUGGUCCACGCGUCAGUAGUGCUUCGGGCGUUACAGUCGCAGCCGCUAGCAGCACGAGCCAUCCACGAUGAGCUGUCCAGGUUGCUGGAUGAAGACAACAACACAGAACUGCACCUGCCUGACCACAUCAUUGAAGAUAUCAAAGUCAAAACCUGCUUCGUGGGCAGCCGCGAGCGAGCCCAACAGUGGGCUGACGGUCCCACGCCUGUGCCCGCUAAGAGCGUGCAGUACCCGCUCGCGGGACGGCCGGCGCUCGCCGUCUCCGGCCGCGCGCGGGAGCUGGCCGCCGAGCCUCUGUUCGCGCGGGACAACGAGCGAGCCUCGCUGCCCGACAUCGUGCUGCAGUGCAUCAUGCAGUGCCCCAUCGACGCCCGGCGAGCGCUCGCCGAGAACAUUUUAGUGACGGGCGGGACGGCCACCCUGCCCGGCCUGAAGCCACGGCUGGCACACGAGCUACGGUAUCUGGUCACUCAGCCGCCUUACAGUGAGCGCCUCUGCGUCCGCACUUUUAAGUUCCACAAAUCCCCCGCCCACGAGAACAGCACGGCUUGGGCGGGCGGCGCGCUGGGCGGCGCUGCCGACGCGGGCGGCGCCCGAGCUUUGGCCAGAGACGUGUUUGUGCGCGAACGCAGGCUUCGGGACUGGGCCUGUCUACUGGACAACACACCGGCCGAUCACCCACAGAGAGAUCAGCUGGACCAGUGACAUUCACACCGGGGGAUUUAAAUGGCUGCUUUACCUAAUGGCCGUAGGUGCUCUUAGCAUGAGAAAUAACCUUUGCGAAAAC